CGCUGUCGUCCUACAAGCUAUCCAUUCUUACUGCCUCGGGCCGGGAUACUUGAUUCAUUGUCAUCUGACGGUUUCCUAGGUCUCCUGUUUCUUUUGUUUCAAAGUCAACUUGGCAAUUCUGUUACAGAUCGCCCGGGCCCUGUCGCUUGCGCCGCAUCACUCGGAUUCUGAUCUUAUCAGUCAAGCUGGAGUAGAGGAUUAACCAAUGUUUCCAUCUCCUUCGACUAUGUCCUCUUCGUCGGCCAGCCCUAUGAGCGAGCCGGGGCCCAGCCCCGGUCCUUCUGCCCAGAAAGUGAAGCAAAGAAGACCGAACAGGAGCUGCGAUACGUGCCGAACCAGAAAAAUCCGAUGUAACGCCCCGAAGGAUGCCCCUUGUAGUAAUUGUGUCGACUUUGGGGCGACGUGCACGUAUCUCGAGCUCCCCAAGAAGCGCGGGCCCAAGAAUCGCCUGGUGGACGAACUACGAAAGCAGAAUGCGUCGUUGGAAGCCCGACUGAGAGCCGCAUCUGUGUGUGCCUUGUGCUCGCAGCCUCUCGAUCGUGACCGGCCCACGCCAUUUCGGAAUGAGCACACCACUGGGUCGCACAUGAUCUCUCCUCAAGAGUGGAACGAGGACGACGAAGACGACGACGAGCUUACAGCCAAGCUCAGCCAAUUCUCGAUCUCUGCCAUGAAGAACAAGUACUUUGGUACGGUGUCGACAUAUUCGCUUGCCAACAAUGCUAUCCAGGCGAAAGAGACUAAAGUUGGGCGUCCGAUGGCAGCCAAUUACAAGCGCAUGGUUUUCUGGCAAACUCCGGCGUGGGAAAAAGCGUACUACAAUGACCAGCCACAUUACACUUUUCCUGAAGACGAUUUGAUGGUAUCGCUGGUCCAGCUGUACUUUGACCGGAUACAUCCGACAUUCCCAAUACUGCACCGACCCACUUUCCAGCGCUCGCUUGCAGAGGGUUUGCACUUCCGCGAUCCCCACUUUGCCACAAUGCUGCUUGCGUUGCUAGCCAUGGCUUCGAGGGUAGAUGGUCGUCAAUGUUGCUGGAUGUGUCUGAUCUGCAAUGGCCCAGCACUCGAACGAUCCACGCGUCUUUGCCGAUGGUUACUCGGCUGCCUCUGCGGGCUGGAAGUUCGUUGCUCAGACACAGCCCCUACGCAAGACAUUUGAGCCUUCAAUCUAUCAUGUCCAAUUCUAUGCUGCAAGUCUCUUGGCUUUUCGCAGUCUCUUUCGUCUCAUUGGCCGCCCAGCUUAUGACCCUGUAUCUGAUCGGAACGGCGCUUCCGCAGGCUUGUUGGUUCUAUCUGGGUUUAGGCAUCCGCUUCCUCCAGCAACGGGGUCAGCACCGCACAAAGCGGCAGCCCGGAUCGCCUGAUCCUGAAAGUGAGUUGUGGAACCGAGCGUUUUGGGCAUUCAUUUGUCUCGAUCGAACGGUGUGCGCCUUUAUCGGCCGUCCUCUUGCCUUCCACAUCGAAGAUUAUGAAGUCGACCCUCCUCUCGAAGUCGACGACGAGUACUGGGAGCAAGGGUUCGUGCAACCACCGGGGGUUCCUUCUGCAUAUUCCUUUUUUGUCUACUAUCUGCAGUACAGCGAGAUCCUCGCAGAUGCUAUCCGUCGUCUCUAUGCUACUCGACGAACGAAGGCGAGAAUGGGCUGGCUUGGGAAAGAAUGGGAGCAGCAGAUCCUUGCGGAACUCGAUUCGGCGCUGGAGGCGCUGAGCACGUCCCUUCCAAUCCAUUUGCGAUGGAAUCCCGAGAACAUGCCCCAAGACCCUCUGAUUAUGGAUCAAGCGGCCACUUUGCACAUUGUGGAAAAUUAUGUCACUAUUUUGAUUCAUCGGCCUUUCAUCCAACGGAAUAACGAAUUGGCUACCCGCUCACAUUCUGUUUGCAUCCGGGCGGCUCGUUCCAUCCUGCAUACAGCUGGGGCUUGGUUCAAUCGACUCCACCGUCUACCCACCGUUCACGCACUGAACCCGUGCUUCGUGUCCAACCUGAUUCUUCUUAUGUCAGGCAACGUGGCAGAGCGGGAUCUGGCCCUCAUCGAGAUAGGGAUGCAGAUCAUCAAAUUUUCGGAAACAAGAUGGCAGGCUGCCGGUCGAUUCUGGGACAUGCUGACUGAGCUACGUUCGCUGGACCGCCAGCCUCGCGCACAGCCGAACAAGAUGCAGCAGAGGAAUAUAGCACCUCCUCGAGCACCGACUGGUUUUGCAACACAGCAGACAUCCCAGCACUCGGAAUUGUUCAAUGCAGUAGCUCCUGAUCCGCUGUGGUAUGCGAAGAUGGCACGUUCCGCCCAACCUCCCUCACCGCUUUUCAAACCGGGAAUGUCCAUCGAGCAGCUGCUGGCAAACACCGGCCCUUUCCAGCCGCUGGACUUCACUUUGGACGACCAGAUGAUGGAUCUGGAUGAUCAAUCCAUGUCGACGUGGAUGUCCACCCCAAUGCAUCUCUCGGAUCUGCGACAAUGGGAUGCAUACAUCGGCAGCAUGAAUGUGGGCGGUGGGAAUCGACCUCAAUGGGCGCAUUGAGAAUCUCUUCAUACGACCUCAGCGCUUGAAUUCUAGAUGUACUGUACAUUCACCAACAUGUAUCACGUCGUAGCCAAUAGAUCGGAUCCGGCGGCCCGCCCCAUUUGACACAUCGGUGGCUGUGCCUCCAUCACUUA